CCUAAAUCAACUAAAGUCAUAGAUUUGACAGUCAGCUCUCCAGGAUGUCAUGAGUAAGUGUGCAACUCAAAUUAAUCUGCGUUAAGCAUGCCUUUCUCAAAUACAGUUGAAAUAAGUGCGGCUCGUCUGGAAAAUGUAGCCCCGCAUCUUUAUAAGACAAAACCCUCGUGAAUAACUAUCUGAGUUAAACACCAAUUCAAACGAGUUUCAAAAGCGAGCAUCUACCUCUGAUCUUGUUUUACUCUGAUACUCUCUGCAGAAAGAUUACUAGUGGUGAAUAAAAUCAGCUGUUAGCACUUAGAGACGCCAAAAUGUCGAUUAAUAGAAUCAAUGUUCUGAAACCGAACAGCUAUCAGGGCUUACCCUUUGAUUUGAGAGAAGGCGAAGUUCUAACUUACUCUUCGCCAACUGAACGGCAAUCUUUCUCUGUGAAUCUGCAAGAACCAAAAGGAUCAGUCCAUGUGAACAUUUCGGUAAUGAAUGGGCGAGUAUUUGUGACCACCCAGAGAUUUGUUUUCAUAACUGAGGCCCAAGGUGAUGUCGAGUCAUUCGAGUUUGAUUUUUCUUGGGCAGCUGCUUGUCAGUUAUCCCAUACAUUAAAAUCGCCCUGGUUUGGGCCGAAUUACUGGCUGUUCUUAUUUUUUAGUCCCUCAGAUUCUACAUGCGACGGCUUUCCGAAGACGGAAUGGUUCAAGGGUCAGAUCUCCUUCAAAGAUGGAGGAUUAUUCGACUUUAUUGCAGCUAUUGAUCGUGCAAUAAAUGAUACGAUACACAACCCUCAUAUUGACGAGGACCUCCCUAGGUACUCGGAAACAUGAAUGCCAUAGCACUGGGCAGCUUGCUUAUCUCGCCUUCACUGUCCCUACAUUCUCGAUAGUAAUACAGUUUUGGGGAAAAAAAUUAAUCCCAACAUAAAUUUUCUAGAUCGAUUUCUAAUUAGUGACUACUUGUAGUGGUUAGCCCGUGAUAUAUUUCUCCAUGAGAAUUGGAGAAGAUCAUGGAAAUUGCACAAAAUUCACGUUAUUUUCUGUGACCGGUUGUUUGAUCGCUAUCCCGCCCGCGGCCAAUGGCUUGUAUUGAUGCACUUCGUCGAAGCUCGUGAAGUCAAGUAUCGUAUCCCAUUGACUCAUCUCCUCGGGACACUCUCUUUUGUAAAUUUCAAUCGCCAAAUUUUCCAACG